CGCCCCGCAGGGCCUGCCGCACUGGCCGGGGCCGCCCGCCUGGGAGUCGGACGGGGAGCUGCCGGAGCCUCGACUCCGCGGGCUCCAGCGACGGCGAGCCCUCCGCGGCCUCCCUGCAGGCCGAGCUGUUCGCAGGGCAGCCGUCGGAAGAGCUGGCCAGACGGCUGCACGAGCGAGCCAGCUGCGUCGCGUGGAGCGGCUGCGGCAGAGGCGUCGGCAGCUGAAGUCCAGGCUCGCUUCCCAGAAGGUGAAGGAGAGGGAGUUCGUCGCCCAGAUGGACAGAGGCGCACAUGGACGACAUCGGCAGGACCGAGCAGGAGAACUCGGGCGCCGCGUCUGGCAGCUGUCCUCUGACAACGUGCGGCUGCGGGCCGCGGCGGACCAGCAGGCGAAGGAGGGCGUGCAGCAGGCCGAGCGGCUGGCGCAGUCGACCAAGCAGGUCGGCGAGAACGAGGCCCGUGUGCAGUUCCUGCUGGACAGGAUCAUCACCCUGCUGUCCGGUGCCUCCGGGGCCGACCCGGAGCUGACCGAGGCCCUCGCGAGCGCCCGCCAGCACGAGCGCGCCGUGCUGCGGCAGCUCGAGGAGGCGCGGCGCCACUUCGACGAGGUGCAGCGGCAGAACGGGGAGCUCACGAUGCGCCUGACGGAGGAGCUCGGCCUGUCCCGUCGCCUCUCGGACGGGAUCAGCUCGUGGAGAUGGAGGAGCGCUUCUUCGGCCUUCAGGACGGUGGACGCGGCGGAAACGUCGCAGUUCGCAGCCGACGACUCAGGCACACCGGCGCGCCUCGGACGCCUGGGCCUGCAGACCCCAGGCGGCCCCGCCG